ACUGCAUAUAAAAAUUCCCCACUUAAGAAAAGAAAAUUUUGUCAGUUUUAUGGGAGAACAAUGAGUCGGGAAAGUGAAUUGCCAAGAAAGUGAUAACAAUUUGCUGAGAAGGGUAUUAAACAACAGGACAAUAAAGCACUAAAAUAAAAUAUUACCAAAUCGGUAAACGAAUAACAAGUUAUUUCGGUUUAAUUUUAAACACAACUUUUAAGAAAGUAAUCACCUUUAUUAAAGCAAAUAAAGAUAACUCGUGCUCGCUUUCACAUGAUUUAGUUUAUUUUGAUUUAAUAGCUCAUACUCACGCGGCAAACAACAACAACAUUGUGCAAUUCAAGGUUUAAAUGUGAUUUAAAAUUGUGUCAACCGGUACUCGCAAUCGUAGAUUGCGAACAUUAAAAAUGAUAGAUAUGAAAGUGGCCCCAGCAUCAGAGAACCAGUGCAAAAAUAAACAACAGUCGGCUUUAAAAAUGAUUUUAUGAUAAAGCGACAAGCAAAUAGUAACUAGAAACCUGCAACUAGCAACAUAUCAACCAGCAACAAGGCGCACAGCGACGAAAGCAAUACGAAUUUUUAUGCAGAGAGAGCGUCUCUCUCAGCCUUCCAGAUGACGGACAACAAUGAUGCCAGCCAGGUGCCGGCCACCACUUCUGAUCAGGUGGUUAGCAGUCGUGCCCCGCCCACUGGCAUAACGCCCUUGAGGCAUAGCCAACUUUCUGAUAGCGGCGCUGAAAGCUGCUACGAGGGCGACGAACAGGCACGACUCAUACGAUCGUCGUCGUCGCGGGCCCACAAGUUCAUCAUAAUCCCGGCCACGCCGGGUACUCCACCGGCAACCGGUGCUGGACCGGGACCACUGCCUUUUCGCCAGACUAGCUCCACUACUUCACUGGUGGCAAUGGCGGCUGCUCUGCACAAGCAGCCACCUCUUCGCCAGACAUCAGUGAAGUCCAGGCCUAGUUCUGAGGUUUUACAGCCCGGCCAAGUACUGGCUCACCCACCUGCAGCAGCGGGAUCCACCUCAACGGUGACAUUCACUAUCGACGAUUGUGAUGGACAAGUCAGCCCAACUCCAGCGCCCGUGCCAGUGCACGUGCCCGCCAUCUCACCCACCCCCGCCACCUUGACCAGCACUACCACCACCACAAUGGCCGGAGAUUCGGUAGCCAUCUCGCCGCUCAGCCAGGAGCUAAGAUCGCGAAUAGGCAGCCACCAUAGCAGCAUGCGCUCUGUGGUCUCAGGCUACCUUCCGGGCCUAAGCGAUAGCAGCGGCAAUCUGGUCGGAGGCAUAUCGAUGGCCACUUCCGGAUUACAGGCCCCUAAUCCACUUUAUAUGCAACCACAGGCCUCGCUGAGCGGCAGUACCUAUCAGUUUCACGACCUGGCCGGGAACCAGAUCUAUUCCGAUGUGACCUCCGUUCGCUCGCUGGCCUCCAUUGGUAUUGGGUCCACGGACGGACGCAAGCUGGUAAUCCGGCGAGUACCCACCACCGCCAACGAGCUGUUCGACAUGGUUAACCCACAGACGCCACCACCCUUGGGCAUCGAUGAUGAUGACAGCUACUUGGACAUGUCCGACGAGACCGCCCAUCUGAAGCCGCGUCAGCAACACUGGGCCAACAAGAUGCAGUUCGUCUUGGCCUGCAUAGGAUACUCGGUGGGCCUGGGAAAUGUCUGGCGGUUUCCUUAUAUGUGCUACAAAAGUGGCGGCGGUGUUUUUCUAGUACCUUAUUGCAUAAUACUGUUCAUAUGCAGCAUUCCGCUGCUCUUCAUGGAGCUAUCUGUGGGUCAAUACACGGGACGAGGUCCCAUCGGGGCAUUGGGUCAGCUGUGCCCUCUUUUCAAAGGAGCCGGUCUCGCCAGCGUGGUCGUCUCGUUCCUUAUGUCCACCUACUAUAGUGUCAUCAUAGGUUAUUCAAUCUAUUACUUUUUCACGUCGUUCAAGACGGAGAUGCCCUGGAUCGACUGCAACAAUAGAUGGAACACACCAGAUUGCUGGGUGCCUCAGCGCAAGGAGAUGAAUGCCAGUGCACCGGACACUUCUCGCACUCCUUCUGAAGAAUUUUUCGAAAACAAGGUCCUUCAGAUAAGCAGUGGUCUAGAGUAUCCUGGCAUGAUGCGCUGGGAACUAUUCGCCUGCCUGAUCUGCGCCUGGCUGAUGGUCUACUUCGCCACUUGGAAAUCGAUAAAGUCAUCAGCGAAGGUGCGCUACUUCACUGCCACUUUUCCGUUUGUGCUGAUCAUCAUCCUGAUGGUGAGAGCGGUGACCUUGGAUGGAGCGGCCGAGGGUCUGCGCUUCUUUUUCCGGCCCAAGUGGUCGGAGCUGAAGAAUGCCAACGUGUGGAUCAAUGCCGCCUCACAAAACUUCAACUCUCUGGGCAUCACCUUUGGAUCGAUGAUCUCCUUUGCCAGCUACAACAAGUAUAAUAACAAUAUCCUACGAGACACGGUGGCAGUAAGUGCUGUCAAUAUGAUCACCAGUCUGCUGGUGGGUAUCUUUGCGUUCUCAACACUCGGUAACUUGGCGUUAGAGCAGAACACCAAUGUGAGGGAUGUAAUCGGCGAUGGGCCAGGAAUGAUAUUUGUGGUGUAUCCACAGGCGAUGGCCAAGAUGCCAUAUGCUCAGCUCUGGGCGGUUAUGUUCUUUUUUAUGCUCCUCUGCCUCGGUCUGAACUCACAGUUUGCCAUUGUGGAAGUUGUGGUAACGUCGAUACAGGAUGGAUUCCCGCGGUGGAUCAAGAGACACCUGGGCUAUCAUGAAAUCGUUGUGCUGUUCGUUUGCGUCAUCUCAUGCCUCUUCGGUAUGCCCAACAUCAUACAGGGUGGUAUUUACUAUUUCCAGCUGAUGGACCAUUACGCUGCCUCUGUAACGAUCAUGUUCUUGGCGUUCUGUCAAAUGAUCGCCAUUGCCUGGUUCUACGGCACUGGAAGACUGUCGAAGAACAUCAAGCAGAUGACGGGAAAGGCUCCUUCGCUGUAUCUCAGGUCCUGCUGGCUUGUCCUGGGACCCUGUCUACUUUUCGCCAUCUGGGUUUUGAGUUUAAUAAACUACCAAGAACCCACCUACCACAACGGAAGGUACACCUAUCCAGACUGGGCUUACGGAAUUGGCUGGAUGUUCGCCUCCUUCUCGCUGAUCUGCAUACCCGGAUAUGCGAUAAUUAACUUUUUGCGGUCAUCUGGGGAUUCCUUUUGGGAUCGCAUCCGGAACACGCUGAGACCAAACAUAUACGAGUGCAAGAUCUGCGGUGAACACCAUUGCGAACACGACUUUCCAGAGCAGGAACAGUUUAUGCUGGCCCAAGAAAUGUCCACCGUGUACAAGCCAAUCAACCCCCACCUGCUGCACCUUAAUCAGAAGUCCGGCUACAAUGCAAUGCAUGCCUCACCCUCUCAUGCGGUGGCAGGAGGCCCUGGUGGCCAAUAGAUAUUAGAAACCUCUUCCAACACUAUUGUUAGCCAUUUCUGAGUAUUUUUAACGAAUCCUUUUUCUAAGUUACCAACAGAAAUUAAAAUAUUUAAAUAAAUUGUAGUACGAGCCCAUUCGAUAAAACAGAA